CUAUCCACGAAACGCAUCACUCCUUCGCCGUCACUCCAUGGCUUCCUCUCUCCCCGGCUUCCUCUCCUUCCUCUUGCCCUCCAAACCGCCUCCGCCGCCGCCUCCGCCUCCGCCGGUCCUCUCCCUCUCCACUUCGCCGUCGCCGGCUCCUUCGCAGGCCAUCCGAAAAUCGCGCCGCGAAUCCGCCCUUCCCGCGCCCCCAGGCCAGGAGCCCCCGACCUCCGAGCUGUCCUCCGUCAUGUGCCCCUCCCUGGCGUACGCCAACACGCUCUUCUUCCGGUCGGCGUACAACGUGCAGUUGAUCGUGGCCGACAACGAGCCCGAGGAGCGGCUCCUCAACCGGUUCCGCCGGGAGGUCAUGAAGGCCGGCGUCAUCCAGGAGUGCAAGCGGCGCAGGUUCUUCGAGAACGCCCAGGACGAGAAGAAGCGCAAGUCUCGCGAGGCCGCGAAGCGCAAUCGCAAGAGGCGCCCCUUCUCAAGAGCUGCUUCACAGAACAAGGAUGAGACUGCUACAAGUAAGAAGAGCAAUGAUGAAGGAGAUAACUGGGAUCUUCCAGAAGAGGAUAUUCCCUACUGAUUUACCUCCCACGCUUUCUUUUUUGAGGACUUCUUCUUGCCUUUGGUUUCAGGAGCUUUUCUGCUUUUUCUAUGUUGCAGUGACACUGGUUCCGGAAGUGUUGAGUAUAUUAUACCUUUCUGCAGUACAUAUGGUAAAUGCAUCCAGUGUUGUCACAAAGCCUCUUCACUUAAAUCAUUUCCAUUCUGCUUGUACAUAGGCUAAGGAAUCUUUGCUUACCAGGAGAACUAAUGAAAUUUAUUUGAAGGUACUCUUGAAAAUUC